GUUGCAGCAGGGGGCAGCAGAGGCCUCCAAGCGUCAGAAUGCAGGAUAGAAGAAGAAAUUACUCCGUUUGGGUUCGGUUAAAAAAACAAAAUAAAGAACACAUCCGAUGAAAGAAAGAAACGCUGUUAAAACGUAACUUAAUGUUGCGGGUUAAUUGAACAAAGAAAAGCUUAUUUACUCUGGAAAAUGUUCGCUAUGUUAGCUAACCCCGCUGCGUUUACGGAGGGACUCGCUGGAGGAGAACCAGAACCGGGUCUGGUCUCCAACACUGCAAACGGGACCCCCGCCUCCCGGUUCCUGCAGGCUGAGCUGGAGCUAAACGCCCACCUCCGCCGGCUCUCAUUCAGCGAACCGGUCCGCUACGUUUACAACCCGCUGGACUACGCCUGGGACACCCACCGUUGCUACGUGGAGAAGUACUGUCUGCCCGGACAGAGGGUCCUGUUUUUGGGGAUGAAUCCUGGACCGUUCGGCAUGGCGCAGACCGGGGUCCCGUUUGGUGAGGUCAGGUCUGUGGUCGACUGGCUGAAGAUCUUGGGAGAGGUGGGUCGUCCUGAUGAAGAGCACCCAAAGCGGCGGAUCACGGGCCUCAGCUGCACUCAGAGUGAAGUGAGCGGGGCACGUUUUUGGGGGUUCUUUAGAAAACUCUGCGGUGAACCCACACGAUUCUUCCAGCACUGCUUCGUUCACAAUCUGUGCCCGCUGAUUUUCAUGAGCGCCACUGGGAAGAACCUGACCCCGCCCGAGCUGCCUGCAGCUGAGCGAGAAGCCCUGCUGUCCUUGUGUGACUCCGCUCUGUGUCAGGUUGUGCAGGCCCUGAACGUUUCCAUGGUGAUCGGUGUGGGGAGGGUGGCUGAGCAGCGGGCGCGACGAGCUCUGUCUGCUGCAGGUGUGGAUGUGCGAGUGGAAGGCAUCAUGCAUCCAUCACCCAGAAACCCGCUGGCCAAUAAGGGCUGGGAAGGAGUAGCUAGAGCCAAACUGGGGGAACUGGGUGUUCUCUCUCUGCUGAGUAGCAGCUAAUGAACCUGUGUGUAACGAUGAUUUCUUAUUUAUUCAACAGUUAAACCUGAUUUUUCCAACCAGUCUCGUCAUUUAUCAGCUGAGUGUCUGAAGUCUGAGUCAGUUAGCUGAGACGCUCAAAAAACAUGCUGCAUUUAUACUGACCCUUAACUGAAUGCUAAACAUUAUUAACAUCUAGUCUUUUCCAGCUUUUUAUCAUGUUUCACAUGUUGGUAAAAUUAUAUUCUCUACCUCUCACCUUCAACUCAGAUUAUACUGAAGUUUAGAAACUUCUCAACUUGUAAAUAAUCCAACAACAACAUGAAUGUACAGCUUAAUAUACAACUCUCCCUUUUGCAUACAUUUUAUUAUUAUUAUAAUUUUUUGUACACAAUGUCUUGCCAGCUCUUUUGUUGCUCAGGGUUUAUACUUUUGAAAUAAAAAAAACUCCUGUUUAAAUAAA